GUGACCCUUAUGAAAGUGAAUGCGUGGGAUAUUUAAAAAUCAGCUGACGGCCACACUGUGGUCAUACAACUGCACACGUUUUCAUCUGUGGCGCAUCUGAUUGAGAACCUGAACUAUUAUGUCGGAGCAAGAGCAACCUAGCAGCACGGAGACGCCGACCGGCGAUGGCGAGCCACCAAAGACAGCCAAACAAUUGGAAAAGGAGGCCAAGAAAGCUGAGAAAUUAGCUAAAUUGCAGGCGAAAUUGGACAAAAAGGCAGCUGCAGCACCAGCAGCCGGCGAGAAAAAAGAAAAACCAGAGAAACGCACUAAAGAGUCCAAGGAGGCAGCUAUCUACACGUCCAACACAGCCCCAGGCGAUAAGAAGGACAUCAGUGGUGCUUUGCCGGAUGCGUAUAGUCCACGCUAUGUGGAGGCUCAGUGGUACAGCUGGUGGGAGAAACAAGGCUUCUUCACCCCCGAAUAUGGACGUGAGUCGAUCAAUUCUCCCAAUCCGAAUGGUAACUUCAUUAUGGUCAUUCCGCCGCCAAAUGUGACUGGAUCAUUGCAUUUGGGCCAUGCGCUUACCAAUGCUAUCGAGGAUGCAAUUACUCGCUAUCAUCGCAUGAAAGGACGCACCACACUGUGGGUGCCUGGUUGUGAUCAUGCAGGUAUUGCCACUCAAGUGGUGGUCGAGAAGUUACUGUGGCGUGAUGAGCGUCUGUCACGUCACGAUCUUGGCCGUGAGAAGUUCAUUGAACGUAUCUGGAAUUGGCGACGUGAGAAGGGCGGUCGUAUCUAUGACCAGCUAAAGGCGCUGGGCUCGUCUUACGAUUGGACGCGUGUUGCCUUCACCAUGGAUCCCAAAUUGUGUCGUGCCGUCACUGAAGCCUUUGUGCGGUUACAUGAAGAGGGCAGCAUCUAUCGUAGCUCACGCUUGGUCAACUGGUCGUGCACUUUGCGUUCAGCCAUUUCGGACAUCGAAGUAGACAAAGUUGAACUAACGGGACGCACCUUCCUGUCCAUACCUGGUUACGAGGAGAAGGUCGAGUUCGGCGUGCUCAUCAAGUUUGCCUACAAAGUGGAAGGCAGCGACGAGGAGAUCAUUGUGGCCACCACUCGUAUUGAGACUAUGUUAGGUGACACAGCUGUAGCUGUCCAUCCGCAGGAUGAGCGCUACAAGCAUCUGCAUGGUAAGCAGGUGGUUCAUCCGUUCUGUGAUCGCCGACUGCCCAUCGUGUGUGAUGAGUUUGUUGAUCAGAACUUUGGCACUGGUGCGGUGAAGAUUACGCCUGCCCAUGAUCCCAAUGACUACGAAGUGGGCAAGCGUUGCAAUCUGCCAUUUAUCACCAUUUUCAAUGACGAUGGCUUCAUCAUUGGCGACUAUGGCGAGUUCACUGGCCUCAAACGUUUCGACUGCCGCAAGAAGAUCCUCGAGAAACUCAAGCAGUUGGGUCUGUACCGCGAGACGCUUAACAAUGCAAUGGUGGUGCCCAUUUGCAGCCGCUCCAAGGACGUGGUUGAGCCCCUGAUCAAGCCACAAUGGUAUGUCAGCUGCUCAGACAUGGCAGCCUCUGCCACUGAAGCUGUGCGCUCUGGCGAGCUGAAAAUUGUGCCUGAGCAUCAUACAAAAACUUGGUACCACUGGAUGGACGGUAUUCGCGAUUGGUGUGUCUCCCGCCAGUUGUGGUGGGGACAUCGUAUACCCGCCUAUCACGUCAGUUUCAAAGAUGCAAGCAUCAAAGCUAGCACGCCCGACGAUGAGCAGUACUGGAUUGUGGCACGCAGUGAAAAGGAGGCGCUCAGCAAGGCGGCUGCACGCUUCAACGUAGAUUCCAGUCAAAUAGUGCUGCAACAGGACGAGGAUGUCUUGGACACUUGGUUCAGCUCCGGUCUCUUCCCAUUCUCUGUGUUCGGCUGGCCGGACAACACUGCCGAUAUGCAAGCAUUCUAUCCAACGUCCCUGCUUGAGACGGGUCAUGACAUUCUUUUCUUCUGGGUGGCACGCAUGGUAUUCUUCGGCCAAAAACUCUUGGGCAAGCUUCCCUUCAAGGAGGUUUACCUGCAUCCAAUGGUGCGUGAUGCCCACGGACGCAAAAUGUCCAAGUCAUUGGGCAAUGUCAUCGAUCCUAUGGAUGUGAUACACGGCAUCACACUUGAAGGAUUGCACGAGCAACUCAUUGGCUCCAAUCUUGAUCCGCGUGAGAUCGAGAGGGCCAAGGCCGGUCAGAAACAAGACUACCCACACGGUAUUCCCGAAUGUGGAUCCGAUGCGCUUCGUUUUGCUCUCUGCGCAUACAUCACACAGGCGCGCGACAUCAAUCUGGAUAUCAAUCGUGUUCAGGGAUAUCGUUUCUUCUGCAACAAGCUGUGGAAUGCGACCAAAUUCGCAUUGCUGUACUUCACCGGCGACGAGCUCUACGACACACAGUUGACACUUAAUGAUCAAUCGAAUCAAAUGGACGCCUGGAUAUUGUCAAGAUUGGCAGCCACCAUUGAAACUUGCAACACAGGAUUUGAUUCGUACGAUUUUGCAGCUGCCACAAGCGCUUGCUACGCCUUCUGGCUCUAUGAUGUCUGCGAUGUGUACUUGGAGUGCCUCAAGCCCAUCUUCCAGAGCGGCAGUGCCGAGCAGCAGGCGGCUGCAAGGCGCACACUUUAUGUGUGCCUGGACUAUGGAUUGCGACUGCUCUCGCCUUUCAUGCCCUUCAUUACCGAGGAGCUGUUUCAACGUUUGCCGCGUGCUGACCGCACCCCAAGCAUCUGCGUGUCCAGUUAUCCCACUAACACUUCGUGGCGCAGCACCCAAAUUGAAUCAGAUGUAGAAUUCGUGCAGAAGGCAGCUCGUAUCAUUCGCUCCGCGCGCUCAGAUUACAAUUUGCCGAAUAAGACCAAGACGGAGGCUUACAUUGUUUGCACCGAUGAUGCGCCCAAGGCGAUACUACAGCGUUACAGUAGUGAUUUGUCCACUAUCGCCUACUGCUCCAAGGUGGCGUUCGACACACAACCGCCAGCUGGUUGCGCCAUUCUUACUGUGUCUGGCCAAUGUGAAGUGCAUCUGUUGUUGAAGGGACUCAUUGAGGCAGAUAAGGAAAUUGCUAAACUGAACAAGAAACGCGAUCAAUUGGAACAAACUGUUGGCAAACUGACCCAAGCCAUGCAGGCGUCUGACUAUGCCACAAAGGUGCCAGCCGAGGUACAAACAGCUAAUGAGACUAAGCUCACGGAAUCCCGUACAGAAAUUGAACGCAUCGCCGUCGCAAUUGAAACGCUGAAACUCAUGUAAAAGCUGGAUGCUA